AUACAGUAUACAUUAUACAGGAAACAGACAUACAUACAUUACCUUCAGUACAUUUAGUAAAUAAUAUACAUAAACAAUAUAUAUUAUACAGUAUACAGGAAACAGACAUACAUACAUUACCUUCAGUGCAUUUAGUAAAUAAUAUACAUAAACAUUAUAUAUUAUACAUUAUAAAGGAAACAGACAUACAUACAUUACCUUCAGUACAUUUAGUAAAUAAUAUACAUAAACAAUAUUUAUUGUACAGUAUACAGGAAACAGACAUACAUACAUUACCUUCAGUGCAUUUGGUAAAUAAUAUACAUAAACAUUAUAUAUUAUACAGUAAAUAGGAAACAGACAGACAUACAUUGCCUUCAGUACAUUUAGUAAAUAAUAUACAUAAACAAUAUAUAUUAUACAGCAUACAAGACACAGAUGUACAUAUAUUUCCUUCAGUACAUUUAGUAGAUAAUAUACUGGUUAUAAUGGUCUCAACCUAAUUUUAAAUUUUAAAAGAAUUUUUUCUUUAUUUUAUAAACUAAAAUGUCAAAAUACAUUAUCAUUAUUAUAAUUAUUUUUUCUAUACAUUUUAUUCAGUGAUGUUUAAAACGCUUUCCCAUUGAAUUUCUAUUCCUUGCACAACAAAUCAUUUAGAACCAACGAAAUUGUGGAAUUGGAAGACGACAUUAGAGCAAUAGUUUUUCUAGCAAUUUAUUAGAUCACUUCUUGAGAAAAAAUUGGUCUGUUUGUACUGCAAAAUUGGUCUGUUUGUACUGCAAAAUUGGUCUGUUUGUACUGCAAAAUUGGUCUGUUUGUACUGCAAAAUUGCUAUCUCUCAUUUUUAAAGCCAUGUCUUCUUAUUUCAGGGUUUUCUGGUUCUAACUGUACUAAACUCUGUACUUUCCUACAUAUAUCAAGUUUAAUAUAUCUAUUUUACAGAAAUAAGGGUCAGUGUGACAGUUUACACUACUACGCUACUGCAAACUCUGUACUUUCCUUUAUAUAUCAAGUUUAAUAUGUCUUUUUUACAGAAAUAAGGGUCAGUGUUCAAAGAAUUGUCAUGAUAGACGUGAAACAUUAUGAAAAUGCCUCAUAUCGGGUGUGGGGCUGAUGUUCUUAGAUGGAGAAGAGAGAAGGCUGAGGAAAGGAAAAGACUGGAAGAUUUAGGAAUUAUACCAAGGACUGAAGAGUUCAAACCAGCAAAAAACUCUAAGUAUCCGUUCCAAACUGCUGCCAGAGAUCCUCAAGUGUUUAAUUCUAAACCUAAAUACAGACAGUUGUCCCAAGAAAUAAUUGCCACGAAUGAAAAAAAUACUGAGAAAACAAGAAAGACCUCCGCUCCGGCAUACCCAGGUUCUGCAAUGGGUUCAGUAAUGGCAUCAUUUGCAUUUGCUCCUGCAUCAAUAAUCACUCUAGGAAUCUCAAACAAACAAAACCAACCUGAUCCAGCAGUAUAUUCUUGUGCUAUAUCCCCACACUCCUUCACAGGGCCAUUUUAUUCCUCGUCUGAUAUACAUUCUUCUGAAUCUGAAUCUAGUUCAGUUGAAACUGUCAGAGAAUCCGCCUCGUUUAAGAAAGAUCCAGACACAGUUGAAAAUGAAUCCACGCUGAUUUCUGAUAAACUCAAUAUUGUGGAAACAAUUCAACAAUCGGCUGUUUCCUCAAAUACCGGCACUGAUGAUGCAUUAAUACCACAAAACACAUGUAAAAAGUUAACCAAAUUGAACUCUGACAGUUUGAUAUCUACAAUUUAUGAAAGGCAAAAAGGUAUUCAGCAAUCAUCAUCGUGUUCGGCUUUAAAGAUACCUUUGGCUAAACUUGACAACAUCUUAUCUCCAGUACUUCAAAAAAAUACAAGAAAAGAACGAAAAAAGAAACUGUUACAUCAAUCUUCAGACGUUGGUCGGAAAAGUUUCGAGUGUAAAGAAUUAUCAAGAAAAACCCGAACUGAAGAAUCUCAUAACACUUUUCUUCAUGAUAAUUUAGAAAAAUCACAACAAGUGCAGAAAAUAUCUCUCUGUAUUUUUAGAUAAUUUAGAAA